AUGUCCACCACCAGCACCAAGACGACCCCGAUACGCGUGUCGGUCAGCUUCAAGGAAUCCUCCGUUUUCGCCGGCGAAGACGUCCAGUGCACCAUCACCUUCAAGAACGUCGCCUCGACCCAAUCCGCCGCCGAGCGCACCCCUCAGAACUCGUCCUGCGGCGACCCCCGCCUCCUGCAUCCUGAGCGCUCGCGCUCCAAGCCGCUUCCCGCGCGCGCCCCCUCUGUCGCACAAUCGGUAGCUCCCUCGGUCACCCCCAGCAUCCCGUCGUCGGUCCAGCCGUCUGCCAGCAAGAACUCGUCGCUCCACGAUGUCGCCGUCAUCCCGCAAGGGGCUCACAGCGCCGCGCCGCCUGGGAGAGCCCGCGGCCACCGCCCAACCCUCAGCUUGAACACCCCGCACCUUCCGGGCGUCCCGCGGUCGCCGUCGGCGCCCAGCAAUGCCCCCAAUGGCUCUACUACGCCCGUCCACAAGCACGGCAGGUCUCUGUCGAUAAUGUCUAUUCACAGCGAUGCCAUCAACGGCACCACCUCUCCUGGAGGCGUGGCCCCGCCCAAGCGCCCUGUGAGAGGACACGGAAGGAGUACAAGUCUCCAAGUUGUCUCUCCCCGUGGUGGAAGUUCGGGUGGGCCGAACAGCUCUCGUUCCUUGCAACCCUCUCCAUUUUUCAGCACAUCACCGCCCCCACUGGGCCGAGCACAGACGGAUAAUAGCGUGUCAACCCGGCCGAGACCGAGCAGACGAACGUCAAAGCAGGGCACUUCGCCGGGAACGCCUGUGGCCAAUGAGACCAGGAAAGCGUCGCUGGGGAGCUUCAAGUUUCCUCCCACGUCGCCUGAGCCUGGCUCUGCUCUCGGGGAGAUGAGCCCUGCGUUGGAGAUAUCUCCAGCAGAAGACGCCUUCAUCGUCCCUCGUACGAGGCACGCGUCACUAGUGCCGUCACCGGGCAAUUCCUUGACGAGGAGCCCAGAGGAGAUUGCGCCGCCGCGAGAGAAACUACAGCCAUCGCCAGUCACGAGGAUAAUAUCAGGCGCGAGCAUGAACGGAGGCAGUUCUCGCAGCAGUGGCGAGUUCUACACCGUGAGCAACAACUCCACCGAGACCUUGGCAUCGGAAUACAUAGCACGACCAACAGCUCGCCUUCUUCCCAAGUUGAUGCAGGAUCGCAGGCCUUCAAAUCUUGUACCAGCGCAAUCGCGUCAAGACAAACCCGAAGUCUUGAUGAUGGGCUAUGCCCAAGUCAUGGGCUCGUUCACUCUCGACGGAUCGCUCAUCAACCAAGGACCUUUCGAGGAAGUCAAACGGAAAGGCAUGAUGGGAGGGCAGGGAGGUGGCGGUGUUGUCGGCAUCGAGCGAACAAAACGUGACAGUGGACUGUUCGGCGCGCUUGGCUGGUCGAAUCUUGGAGAGUCACUCGGAGGUCUCCUGGGUGGCGCCGAGCCUAGCAGCAUCCGUGAGAUGCGAUCUGUUGCAAGCGCAAAGACUGUUCCGCUGCUAAGCACACCGCAAAGCAUUCUCUUUGUCGAUCUGAAACUAGCCCCUGGAGAGGAGAAGAGUUACACGUACACAUUCACGCUACCAAGAGGACUACCACCAUCGCACAAGGGAAGGGCAAUGAAGGUGAAUUACCACCUAAACAUCGGAACUCAAAGACCCGGCAGCGCGGCAAGAGCAGUGAGGAGUGUAACCGUGCCUUUCCGGGUCUUUGGAAGCGUAAACAACCUUGGCGAAAUUCUCGGACACGACUUGAUGUCACCGUACAUAAUUCUGCGCGACCAGGCUACCAUCGAGACUGUUGAAGACCCCAAAGCUCAAUUAAUACCCAAUGGUUCAAUCAGCAGAAAGACGACCGGCGAGGCAAAGCAGGCCCGGGUCGAAUUCGAAACCUAUGUGCGGAAUCUACUCGAAACAGCGAAACGCGAUCCAAAUUCUAGCCUCCUAUCGCCCACCGAUGCGCCCUCAGAAUAUCGACGCCGUCGCUCCACGGUCGAGGACCUACCUGUCAACUCGAUGAAAGAGGCCAUCGAUUUUGCAAUCCUUCGUUCUAACAGCAGUUCCUUCUCCAGCGCUUCGACCAACCGUUUCGAGAUCGCGCGCAACGGACGGCGUGUGGCGGUGAUUCGGCUGGCACGACCGGCGUUCCGGCUCGGAGAGACGAUCUCGAUGGUGAUCGACUUUGACAACGCGGAUAUACCCGUGUACGGCAUCGCGGUGACGCUCGAGUCGAGCGAGAAGGUGGACCCAGCCAUCGCGCUGCGCAGCGGGGCGAGCAUCCACCGGGUGACGCGCAAGGUGCACGCCAGCUUCGCUGAGAACACGCUGUUCGCGCGGCGCGUCAGCUUCGCGCCCACGGUUCCGCCGAACGCGACGCCCGAGUUCAUCACGAGUGGUGUCAGCCUGGAGUGGAAGCUUAGGGUCGAGUUCGUCACGCCCAGGAUCGCCCAUAAUCAUCAUCAUCACCAUCACCACGGCAGCAGCAGUGCCUACGGUAGCGCCUACAACAGCCGCAAUAACAGCGUUGCGAACACGCCCGUCAUGGAGAAGCCGCCGCUGCCGCUGCCGCUGCAGUUCGGAGAGAGCUGGGGCGGAGCCGGAUCGUUGAUGGAAGAGAUGGGCAGCGAUGAUCGUGGCACCGUGCUGGCGGCGGUGGAGAGGCUGAACUGCGAGAGCUUCGAGGUCGCCGUGCCCAUCAGGGUGUACGGAUCCCUGACGGGCUCGGACAGCUUGACGGCUGCGGGCGAGCAGGAGGAUGGAUACGCCAUCUAA